AUGGAUGAUUUCGAUGUCUGAUGGGAUCGAUUACUCGGCUAUCGCUUUACACAUUUUUUCACAAAAUUUGAAUCUGAGGUAGUUUUUUGUAAUCCUGACACUUUCCAAGAAUACACAUUAACCCAUAAAUUUAUAUACUUUGAUACAAAAAUUGUGUCCCGGAUCUACUGGGAAUUUUUUUCACCUGUGGAGCCAAAUUCACAUAUGGUGUCAUUCAAUUGUGGAGACUCAGCUUAUUGAAUUUGGCUCCACACGUGGAAAAAUUUCCUUCGCGACACAAAUUUGUGUAUCACAGAAUAUCGUCUCCAAAUGCAUUUUUAGGCACAGACCUUGAUGGCAAAACCCACCACAUUAAAAUUCUUUCAUUUGGCAACUACAACCAAUUACGAGAACAAUUUCAAAGAAUUCAGAAGAUUCAGGAGUAUAAAUUCGCUUGAAAACUUGUAAAAGUUCUAGAUUUAUUUGAACUUUAUAAUAAAGAUAGAUGAAUACUUAUAAUUGUUAGCGAAUUUCUAGAUUGUCUUACAUUGGAAGAAAUAUCGCAGAUCAUGAAACUUGAAAAUAGAUAUAAUGAAAUUGCAAAGGAGACCUCUAUAACCCGGUCUCUGAUUUGGAUCUGGUUUGACUGACGUUGGGAAGCGUCAGAUGGGAAAUUGACGAACUAACAUUUGCUGGCAGAGUCAACUCCCCAUCUGACGUUGGGAGACAUCAGACAAGCCCCAUCCAAAGCAGGGAUCGGGCUAUAUUUAUUUAUACUUAUAUCUUCUGAACAUUAUUGAAUCAUCACAAAAACACAAUAUUUUCCUAAACUCAGUUUUCCCAGGCUCAGUUUUAUUCGUAAGAGAAGAGCCUACAACAUUGAUUUCUAUCAAAAAUACGUCAAAUUUUUCUUAUAAUGUGAAAAUAUCCACCACAAAUAAAUAUUCAUUAUAUAGCGGAAAAGGAAAUAUUAGCAACUACUAUCCAAGUGAAAAUUUAUUCAAUAGCUUACUCCCCCCUCCGUGAGUGAACAAAACCAUUAGAAAAAUCGCUAUUUUUUGCCCAAAAACCCACCCUCCGUGAGUGAACAAAAAUUUUUUAAUAGAAAAAUUUUUUAAGGAAAAAAAAAUUAUAUAUAAUUGAUAACUAGUAUAAUGAAAUCUAGAGCUAAUUCUGUUUUACUUUUAAACGAAUUGCUUUUUAAAACAUAAAUUUUAUAAAUUAAAUUAAUAUUUGCUUUCCAAUUUUUGCAAAUUAGGAUUUUUUUAAAUUUCAAAAAAAAAAUUAUAUCUAUAAAAUUUCUAUAUAAAUUUUUUUAAAAAAAAAAAAUUAACCCCCCUCCGUGAGUGAACAAAAAUUUUUUGUUCACUCGCGGUGGGGGGGGAGUUAGAGAGUGAAUUGUGAGGACUUGGGCUAUGCCUAUAUGCAUUAUCAGGAGCAAAUAAUGUAGAUAGCUUACCUAUUCUUAGAGAAUUAAGCUUAGAUGAGAGGAUUCAGCAUAUAGACAUUCGUUAUAUUGAUCCUGCAUUAAAAUUAAUUAUCCAAAACUCGCUUUGUGUAAUGAAUAAGUCACCAAUUGAUAGCAAAAUAGUCCAAAUCUGAUGAGGCCUAUGGAUAAAUGACUGAGAUGCAAUAAAAAUCUGCACACAUGAAGAUCUUGAUGGCUUAUUCUCAGGCCUUUUAUUUGAGUCUUCAUACUCCUCACGAAGAAUCCUAAAACAAAUUUUAUAGAAAUUUCCCAUAGAUGGCGCUGUUUGCCCUUGAUUUGCCCACUGGGGAAAUUUUUUGGUUCGACCAGUCCCAUAUGGUUUGGUCAAACCAAAAAAAUUUUCUCAUGGGCAAAUCAAGGGCAAACAGCGCCAUCUAUGGGAAAUUUCUAUAUCUAUUUCAGACAAUUUACCUUCAGAAGUCUCAACUUAUAUAAUGAAUAAUAACUUGCUGCAGAUUUUUAUACAAAAAUGUAUAAAUUAUGACUGAAAAGAAUCCCCUCAAUUGAUAGAUGCAGUCUUUAAAGUAUUAAAUUACCCAGAUUUAUCAGAUGAAAAAGCCAGGAAAUUCAAUGAAUCUUUGAUUGAGUGUGGAAUUUUGGAAAUUUUGGAUAUUGCGAUGGGGUUGAGUUUAGAAUCUUAUAGAUUACUGCAUCUUUUUAUGUUGAAAAUUAAGUAUUCAAAUACCUUAUCAGCUUUGCAAAGUCUUUGGGAAAAUAGAAUGAUUUUUGAUUUUUUGAAAAGAGCUGAAAAUGGAAGUGAGGCGGAUUUAAUUUUUAUUCAAAAUACUCUUUCAUGCUUUGGUCCGAAUUCUGUAGAUUUUAUUAGGGAGUGUUAUAAGCGAAAUCUUUUUAAUGAAUCUGUAUUAAUGCAAGGACUUAUUGAAAUACCUUAUUAUACCUUCUAGUGACUAAUAUGAAAUUAUUGACAUCAAAUUUUUUUAAAUUCCUUCUUAAAAUUGCUGUUGUUUUUAUAUAAAUAUAUAGAAAAUUCCCUUCAAUAGCCCUAUCAGUGGGUGAAUUGCCCGCUGAGUUCAAAAUUUGGUCCGACCAAAACUAAUAAUUUUGGUCAGACCAAAUUGUAAUUGUAGCAGUCAAUUCACCCACUGAUAGGGCUAUUUAAGGGAAUUAUGUAUAGCUCCUUAUAAAUAAUAGCUUAUUUUAAGCUAGAAAAGCUAGAUUCUUUAUGUGAUUUACUUAAGAAAUUCAUUAUUAAUUGUCAGCCAAAGUAUUUGCUAAAUAUUUUAGAGAAAUCUGUCUUUAUUCUUGAAGAGGUGGUAUGCUAUCCAGUAGCUCUUCAAUAUGACCAAUUAAUAGGAAAAUGCAGCUCUCAUACAGUUGAUGAAUUUGCGACUUUGUUUGAGAAACACCCUAUGCUUCUUUUUUGCGAAAACUGCAGAAAAGUCCUUUGUGCUAAUUGCUCUCUUUAUAUAGCACAUACAGACCAUGAAAAAAGCUUUUUAUUAUAUCAAAGUCCUUAUAGUCGUUGUGAUUGUGAGGAAAGUCACACUUUUGAUCAUUAUAGCCUUGCCAAAUUUAAGUUAAAUUCUUAUUAAUUGAAUUGUAAAAAUAAUUAUUAUUUUUUAUUAAUUAAAAUUAUCAUGGUCAUAUUUUUUUUUAUUAAUUUCUCUGAGAAUACCAUUUUAUUCCAAUGAGUUUUCUUUUGUAAGAUCAGAUAAAAAAUUAAAUAGAGAAGCAAACAACAUUUUUAACUCAGAAGAAGAAUUAACAGUAAUGACAAAUAAAUCAAUUAUGCAGAACAACAAACAAGGGACUAUUGCUUAUUUUGAAAUAAAAAUAAUAGAAUCAGGGCUAUAUGAAGAUGUUGUAAUAGAGCUGCAAGGAGCUCGGGCAUCUUAUUAUGGAAAAAAUGGGUAUUUAAAGGUAAAAGAUCAAAUAAUUAAAGGCCCAAGAUAUGGAUCUUGAGAUAUUGUAGGUAUUGGAAUGACUUAUCAAGAUCAAAUUUACAUUACUUACAAUGGUUUGCUUAUUCCUCAAUUCAUUGACACUCAGCCUGAUUGUGAUAUUUUCGCUUGUGUUACUAUUAAAAAUAGAGCAAAAAUCGAAUUUAAACUGAGAGAUUGACUUUUUAAGCCUGAUGACAAUUUUUCAAAUAAUAAAUUUUAUUCAGAAGACUCUGUCAAUAGAUCCAAAUUUCUUCUUGAAGGGAUUGUAAAUCAUAUUAAAAAAGGUUGCAAGAAAAUAUGUAAAGAUAAAAAGUUUAUAAGCUGGCAUGAAAAGUUUGUGAAGCUGCUCGAAACUUUGAAUUUAAAUGAUUUGAAGGAAAAAGCAAUUAUGAAGAAAAAGAAGUUUUUGUUUUUUACUAAAAAAAAUUAA